UCUUCACAUCUUAAUCAGUGCCUUACACCAGUCUGUUUGCUAUUUAUUUAUUUAUUUGUUUGUUUGUUUGUUUAUUUAUUUUCCACCUCAGUAAUUUUUGUGUGUAAAAGCUCAGACUCUGUACCUUCUCUUGGCUUGACAUUACAUUCUCUCUGCUUCUUAUGCAUUAGCAGGUUUUGAGGCUCGAUGUUGUUCAGAUCCGUUCUUAAUAAAAUGAAAUUUUCUGUUAGAUGUCAGAAUGGGGGGAAAACGCAGGCAGGUAGUCGGUAAUUUCAGUCGCCUGGUCGUGUGGAACUGAAAAACGUAAACGGAUAAAACCAUGACACACUCUGAGUUCCCACAACCUGAAAAGAUUAUCCAGCAGGUAAAGUGUUUAUAAAUCCUACAGAUAAAUCCACUUGUAUCCAAUACAAACCUUUCCACAGCUUGUUAAAGACGUGUGGAAGACUUUUAUUCUGGAAGCCGGUUACUUUUAAUCAAGACACUUGAAAGCUCUAACCCUUGAGAUGGGGUGUAUAAACUUUUGCUCCAGGACUACAAAAGGUAGUGAAUGUGUCUUAAGUGUUAAGUGAUCGGGGUGCUGGAGCUGCCCUUUCUCCUGUGGUCCAGAAGCAGCACCGUCUUACUGACGCUGCGGAAGACGAACCAUCAGGUCCUGUAGAUGCACCACACAUCACGGCUGUGCUUAGCAUUUCCUGCCUCGCUAGCAGUCUGAGACACGGCCUGUACCUGAACCUGUGUACCUUGUGAACCCUCAUGAACCGAGCACUUGUAGAACCCUUUCUCCUUUCACACCGUACCAUGCGUUAAGGGAACACUGCCUGUCGAGUGUUGCAUGUAACGAGCACGUCGAUGGUUUUACACUGACCGUAGCUGCAUGUAAAUCUUUGCACCAUGCGACUCACCAUUUCUCUAACAUGUUUGUACGUUUCCUGACGUCCUUUUUCCAACCGCCAACUUUGGAGGUGAAAUUCACUCGUCACUCCAUCGAACACUUUCCUUCUGAAACGUGGUUGUUGUUGUUGUUGUUGUUGUUGUUGUUAACAGUCCUGUCUCCUUUCCAUCUCAAACUAACCUGAAUAUUGUCUCAUGUUUGUGUACUUGGCUUCAUGUGCAGUAUCUUGGGUGGGAUUUGAUCGCUUUAAUUUGUGUGUUUUUUUUAAACACAGUAAACCAUUUGAUUGGUUUCUGGGCCAUUUAUAUUACUUCCUACAUGGAUACUUGAGAUACUCUGGAUUUAAGUCGCCUGUCCGUUUGUUACGUUUCUCUUGCUGGACUUUUCUGUAAGCACGAGUAGAUCACAGAACUACACAAGAACCUGCACCUGCUGAAAGGGAUAAGAAGAAGAGAAGGUGCGUCGAUUUCCACCUUUUAUUUUUCCUUUGAGUUUGACCUCUUGGUUUGCAGAGAUGUCUUAUAGGACAACAGGAAAAGGAAGCGGUUGCCGAGGCGACGAAUCCACGACCGACGAUGUCUCUGAACCCGUACACGAGUCUUCGGUCGAAGAACCUUCACAAGAACCGACGCCACCUGAGUCUGUCCCAGGAGCUCUCGUGCCUGAGCAAGUUGAAGCAGAAGCUGCUUCUGAAACUGUUCCAGAAGACCUUACUCCUGAAUCUGUCUUGGAAGACUCUGCGCCAGAACCUUCUGUAACAGGAGUUGCACCAGAAGCUUCCACUUCUACACCAGAACCUUCUGUAACAGGAGUUGAAGAACCUCCAGAUCCUGUUGUUGAGAGCGAACCCACAGAGCCUGCGCCUGAAGCGGUGGCAGAAAGCGUGCCUGAGACUCCACCAGUAUCCCACAGUGAGCCUGAGCCUGUACCGGUUUCCAGUACUGCUGCCCCUGCAGAAGUCUCAGCUGCCCUACGUGAGGUCCCUGCACACGCCCCUUACCUCCUGAUCGGUGGUGGAACUGCGUCGUUUGCAGCAGCGAGAUCUAUUCGUGCCCGUGACCCUGGUGCUCGGGUUUUGAUCGUGACUGAAGAAGCCGAACUGCCGUACAUGAGGCCUCCUCUGUCCAAAGAGCUGUGGUUCUCUGAUGACCCCACUGUCACGGAAACGCUGCGCUUCAAACAGUGGAAUGGCAAAGAGAGGAGCAUUUAUUUUCAGCCAUCUUCUUUCUACGUGAACCCCAGUGAGCUAGAAUUGGUGGAAAAUGGAGGCGUGGCCGUGCUGACAGGCAAGAAGGUGGUGCACAUGGACGUUAGAGAGAAUAAAGUAAAACUGAGUGAUGGUGUGGAGAUCUCCUAUGACAAGUGUCUGAUUGCUACAGGUGGAAUUCCCAGGAACCUGCAGGUAAUUGAGCGAGCCAGCGAGGAGGUGAAGAACAGGACUACACUUUUUAGGAAGAUCGAGGACUUCAAAGCGCUGGAGAAAGUUUCCCGAGAGCUGAAGUCCAUCACCAUCAUCGGGGGCGGCUUCCUGGGCAGCGAGCUGGCCUGCGCCUUGGGCAGGAGAUCUCAUGAUCUGGGCCUGGAGGUGAUCCAGAUGUUCCCAGAGAAAGGGAACAUGGCUAAAGUUCUACCUGAGUACCUGAGCAACUGGACCACAGAGAAAGUGAACAGAGAGGGCGUCCAGGUGCUGGCGGAGGCUGUGGUUAAGAACGUGUCCUAUAAGGACGGGAAAGUGGAGAUUAAACUAAAGGACGGGCGUCUGGUAAAGACAGAUCACAUCGUGGCAGCCGUGGGUUUGGAGCCCAGUGUCGAGUUGGCGAAAUCAGCCGGCCUGGAAAUCGACUCAGACUUUGGAGGGUUUCGGGUGAACGCCGAGCUGCAGGCGCGCUCCAACAUCUGGGUGGCAGGUGAUGCUGCAUGUUUCUAUGACAUCAAACUGGGUCGGAGGCGGGUGGAGCAUCAUGAUCAUGCAGUGGUGAGCGGCAGACUGGCCGGAGAAAACAUGACUGGAGCCAAAAAGCCCUACUGGCACCAGUCCAUGUUCUGGAGUGACCUCGGCCCUGAUGUAGGAUACGAAGCCAUCGGUAUUGUAGACAGCAGCCUCCCAACUGUAGGAGUGUUUGCAAAAGCUACUGCCAAGGACACACCCAAAGCAGCUACUGAGCAAUCAGGUACAGGAAUCAGGUCGGAGAGUGAGACGGAGGCAGUUGCUGGAACACUUACCCCUGCUGCAACAACACCUGUCCCCCCCACAUCGCAGGAGAAUUAUGGAAAAGGAGUCAUCUUUUACCUGAGGGACAAAGUGGUGGUCGGUAUUGUGCUGUGGAACGUAUUUAACAGGAUGCCGAUCGCCAGGAAGAUCAUUAAGGAUGGAGAGGAGCAUGCGGAUCUAAACGAAGUGGCCAAGCUCUUCAAUAUUCACGAAGACUAAACAUGCACAUCCGGUACUUGUGGAGCUGGGAGAACACUUCUGCAGAAAUUAACACACACACACACACACACACACACACACACACACACACACACACACACACACACACACACACACACCACCUGGCCGUGAACUUUCUCAGACCUUCGGCUCUUCCUCCAGCCCUGCGGUUCAGUAAUGGACUUGUCAGUUUGGUCCUGUUCAGGAAAACCUGUGGUUUAUACGGGAACACUGUACAUGUUUUCUAGUGAGGUCAGUAAACGUAUAAUUACGAACCUCUUGAGCCAUUUCCCAGAGUCUCGACUUUCUGGCUGCAUGAGGUGUUGAAACCCCAGUCAGGAUCCACACCACGUUAGCCUGGUGUUCCAAUACCGCUUUAAAACCCCUUUAGUUCCCUUCAUGGUAAAAACACUACAGAUGUGGUCACUGUUUUAUUUUUCUUUUUUUAAACCAGAGAACAUUUACAGAAAGAACAGUAUAUUUGAACCAGUGUUAUAUAUUUGUUACUAAAAGUAUGUAUGUAAGAUGUGAUGUACAGGUUCUAGCAUAGCUUCAUCCACUGUUUUCAGGAUUUGCAUUAUUGCUGAUGUUGACAUCCAUCUGUGGGGUUAAACCAACAACGUUGAGGCGGAAGAGCGGAUUUAAAGGAAUGGCACUUAAACAAGGGGAAGUGUGUGUGUCUGUGUGUAUGUGUGUGUGUGUGUGUGUAACAGUGUUGGGACUCAGGGUGAAGCAUCUCCUGAACAUUUCAUUGAAUAAACGUGAGUGUGAUUCUGAUUGGGGUUUUUCCUUUUUAAACCUCGAGAGUAAACUGCACAAACUCCUAUCUCGUCUCUCCUGAGCCGUGUGACACGAUUUGUUCAUCUGAUACUUGAUUAAAACCACUUGUUUUUGAA